UUUCUUGAGCUGAGCUUUCUAACGGUCGUUAAGUUACGGUUUGCUGGUCGGGCAACGUGCAUCAACUAAAGUGGAUUAAAAUGUAUCUGGUGCACAGGUUGGUCCUUCUACUGCUGGCUGGGCUUUUGGCAACUGUCAGGGCAGAGGAUUUGCUGGAGUUGUCCUGCAGCUCUGAUGCACAGUGCGCGCAAUUCGAACGGGGUCGCUGCCUGGAUACGGUAUGCGCCUGCACGGCACGUGGUUCCGGUGAGCGGGUGCCCUGUUCGCCGCUGGAGAAGAAGUUGACCAACUUUAUUGGAGGUUCCUGCCCCUGCCCCAUGCCCAAUGCAGCGUGUCAUUCCCGGUGGGAACAGUGCCUUUGUGCUAAGGGUUAUGUUCCCAGCGGUGACCACAGACGCUGCCUGCCAGAGGUAGUCCACUUGGGCGGUUUUUGUGAGCUCCAUCGGCAGUGCCAGCUGGCGGACCGCUUUAGCUCCUGCACCGGUGGCCAGUGCGUCUGUCCCAAUCACUUUGAACCCCACGAGGGCCAAUGCCUGGCUGUAUUACAAUCAAGCUGCCUUCAAGACAAAGAUUGUGGCAGCUGUGGAGCCUCAAUUUGCCUGACCAAUGUGAAGAAGUGCGGCUGUGCCAAGAAUUUCGUUCACAACCACAAUAUGACCAAGUGCAUCUCGGGAUCGGCUUACGGUGACAGCUGCGAACACAGUUCCCCGUGCAAGGUAACUCUGGGUGCCGAUGGCCAGUGCCGGGAUCAUUUAUGUGAGUGCCGCACAUCCCACUACCCCAAAAGGGUAGCCAAUGAAGUGGCCAAGGAUGAGGAAGAAGUAGAUGCCAAUCAACGGGAACGAAUCAUUUGUGAACCAAUCAUUCCUUUUGGAGCACUCUGUCGACACGAUGGUGAAUGCCGGAUGCAGUUUUUGGAGCAAACAAAUGUAACGCAGCCCCCUGCGAUGGUCUGUAAUUGGGGUGAGUGCUCCUGCAGUGCGACCCAUCGACUGGAGGACAACGAGUGCAUCUUUGUGGAGAAUCGAUCCAUACAUCAUCGACUAGCAGGCUUCAUGGCCCUUCUCUGUCUCCAGUUUACAAUGAUUCUUUAUUAGGGUAUAGAAAAAAAACAUGUGAAACUUACAUACAUAUAUGAAUAGAUCGAACGCUUUUCACAGA